AUGGCCGCCACCGCCGCAGCCUCCUCUGCCAAUAAGCGCAAGCCGUCGUUCUCCGACGAGUCGGACUCGGACUCCGAUUCCCCUUCCUCCCCAUCCAAGAAACACUCCGCCACCUCCACCGCAAAGCAGUCCGCCAGCCAGCAGCUCGUCCCCGUUCCCGGUCAGCCAGAUGCGCCCCUCGUCACAAAGCGCACCCUCCAAAACAGAAAGGCACAACGCGAGUUUCGCAAGCGUCGCGAGGCGCGCGUCAGGGAACUCGAAGAGCGAUGCCGCCGCUUCGACCAGAUGGGCCUAGAGGCAAACACUGAGCUCCAGCGACUCGCACGCAACCUCAAGGAGGAGAACGAGGCGCUCAAAUCGCUCAUCGCACGUCUCGGAUUCGCCCACAUGAUCCCCGGCGUGCUCGAGUCCGUCACCGCACACGACCAACACCAUCCCCACCAGAUCCAACACUCGCAACACGCCCCUUCUCACCACCAUCCGCAGUCGUUCGCCCCCCUCGACCUCGGCAUGGAAGCUUGGGCAAGACAGCCCGCACCAGCUUCUUCCAUCUCCGCUCCUCCUCUCCACCAGCUUGGCGCUCCCGUCCCCGCAUCAGCUCUCGACCAAAACAGCGCUGCCACCGCCCCGAACUCCAAGCAGUCCAAGCGAUCGCGCGCCUCCACUUCUACAACCAACACCUCCGCCUCAGCCGCCGUCUCUUCCCUUUCCCACAUGCCCGCAUUCACAGAACUGCUCCCCACCACCGCAGGCAACGUCAACCCCAGCCUGCUCAGCGACACCUCCUCCCACACUUCCAAGCACUCGCUACCGGGCACCACCGCCGCCAUCGCCAUCCCUGCCACCAACAAAUCCACCACCACCGCCAGACCCAUCCACGACAACAGCACCUUUGACAACGAUUGGUUUGCUCAGCUCGCACAGUCCGGUCACGACAAAGACGACGCCGACCUCAACGACAGCGCUACCAAGCUCGAAAAGUCCACCAACAGCAACACGCUCCCCAACGAUCGCACAUCCAUCAACCCCAUCCUCUCCCUCAAUCUCGGCGGCAACAACAACAACAACAAUAACAACGACUCCAAGCCCAACGCAAAGCCAUCCGACGCACUCAACGCCAAUUCGGCGCUCACUGGUUCCGCCAUGCUCGGCGCCAACGCGCGCGACUUUGGCCUCGGCCUUGCUAGUGCCCUAGGCAUCCCAGCCUCCUCCGCACCGGGCUCCAACAUCUUCCCCAUGCCCAUGCCCACCCACCAGAACGGCGCUCUGCUCAACCCCAACCCCAUCCCCUUUGCCUUCAACCUCAGCGACAACAAAGCUCCCGGCGACCAGAGCUGGUGGUCCCAGGUCGCAGGAAGCGUGCUCGAGGGCGACGACAGCGUCCUCGACGAAAAAGCGCAAGCAGUCGCACAGGCUACCGGCACCUCGAACAACGGCGCUCCCUCUCCCUUUGACCUCUCUGCCUUCCUCAACGGCGGCCUCACGCCCGGCGGCGGAUUCACCUUCGGAAGCCAGUCCAACAACGACGCUGACGAUGCCAACGAUCCGCAGAAGAGCAGCUCUGCAAGCAGCGCCACCUUGCCCGACGACGCUGUCAAGCCAAACAACGGCAAGGCUGGCGAGACCCAGUCGUUGACACAGGCAGAGCAUGCGCAGAUGUUCCUUCGCCUCCUCGAGGCAAAGAUGGUCAAGCGCGACCCAAGCCCAUAUGCCCAACUCGGAUUCCAACCGCCUAUGCACCAGCAGCAAUACGCUGCAUCCCACCAAGCCGGUCCGAGCUUCUCCGACGCCAGCUCGUCAUCCUCGGCCUCCUCCUCGUCGAACGACAAGGCCGCGUUCAAGCAAGACGACGACUCGUCGCUCUCGCCCAUCAACGUCUACUCGCGCCUGGCCCAGCAUCCCGCCUUCCUCUCCACCAACGCGAGCGAGCUCGAGGAGCUUGUCGACUCGAUCAGCUCGUCGCAGCACCAACGCCAGCAGUCGCAGUCGCUCUUCCAGUCGCCUUUCAACAAGCGAAGGGCUUCGCCCGCCAAGCCAGCGCCGGCGCUUUACCCUCCGUCCGCAUCCGGUCUCACCCCGAGCAUCUACGGGCCCAACGGCGCAGCUGCGCUUGCCAGCCGCUCGUCGUCCUCGGCCAGCUCGCAUGGCGGCAAGGAGCUCGAGGUAGACGAGAAUGCAGUCACCAAGAUGCUUGGCUUGCUUGACCGCAAGACCUCGCGCGAAGCUGCGACCGCCGGUGGCGGCGGUAUCGGCUUCUGA